UGUCCAAACUGACAAUGCUGAGGAGAUGAAGAUAGCGCGGCAGAGCUGCUGCGGGUUCAAGGAGGGAUCCACUCCGCCGGCAAGAUGAGAUCCAAGGCGCGCGCGAGGAAACUGCCCAAAAGUGACAACGAGAUCGUGAAUAAUAUGUAUGAAACAGAGGCAGACCUCCUAGCGGGCGAGAGUGAAGAGGAGGAGACAGAAGACAGCAUGAUGUCCCCCAUCCCCAUUGGCCCUCCAUCCCCUUUUCCCACCAAGGAAGGCUCACCGUACGAAGCUCCGGUCUACAUCCCUGAUGACAUUCCAAUCCCGCCCGACUUUGAACUGAGGGAGUCUUCUAUUCCAGGGGCAGGUCUGGGUAUUUGGACCAAAAAGAAGAUUGAGACUGGGGACAAAUUUGGGCCUUAUCUUGCCUUCCCAAGAGCCACGUUGAAGGAAACAAACUUUGGAUGGGAGCAAAUGCUUGCAGAUCCCGAAACAGCUUUGCAAGAUGGUGGCAUUAAAAAGAUGGGUGAUGACCUGGGCACUGAUAAAUUCUGUGUUGAUGCCAAUCAGGCAGGAAACGGAAACUGGCUGAAGUACAUCCGAGUUGCCUGCUCAAGCGAAGAGCAAAAUCUCGCCGUGUGCUCGAUUAAUGACCAGAUUUAUUAUAAAGUUAUUAAAGAAAUAGAGCCCGGAGAAGAGCUGCUGAUGUAUAUGAAGGAAGGCACUUAUUCUGCUGGGAACAUGGCCCCCAGCUUGGAAGACGCGCACACGUUCCGCUGCGAGGUCUGCGACGAGCUCUUCCAGUCGAAGGUGGACAUGAGGCAGCACAAGAGGUACUCCUGCAGUGCCGUCAGCUCCCUUUACGAGACCCUGAAUGAGGAGAUCAAGCAGGAGGGCGCCGUGGACGGCCAAGUGCACGAAUGCAAGGAUUGCGAGAGGAUCUUCCCAAACAAAUACAGUUUGGAGCAGCACAUGAUCAUCCACACUGAAGAAAGGGAAUACAAAUGUGACCAGUGCCCCAAGGCCUUCAACUGGAAAUCAAACCUGAUUCGUCACCAGAUGUCUCACGACAGUGGCAAGCGAUUUGAAUGUGAAAACUGUGUGAAGGUGUUUACUGAUCCCAGCAACCUCCAGCGGCACAUCCGGUCUCAGCACGUCGGCGCACGAGCACACGCCUGCCCGGACUGCGGGAAAACCUUUGCCACUUCGUCUGGCCUAAAGCAGCACAAACACAUCCACAGCACUGUCAAACCUUUCAUAUGUGAGGUCUGCCACAAGUCCUACACACAGUUCUCCAACCUCUGCCGACACAAGCGGAUGCACGCCGACUGCCGGACCCAGAUCAAAUGCAAGGACUGUGGCCAGAUGUUCAGCACCACCUCAUCGCUCAACAAGCACCGGCGCUUCUGUGAGGGCAAGAACCAUUACAACCCUGGGGGCAUUUUUGGACCAGGCUUGCCUCUGACCCCCAGCUCCGUGAUGGACAAGUCCAAGCCCUCCCCCACGCUCAAUCACACCAGCCUCGGGUUUAACGAUUACUUUCCUUCCCGCCCACACCCUGGAGGACUCUCAUUUUCUCCUGCUCCCCCGGCAUUCCCCACACUCGCCCCUGGGUUCCCAGGAAUCUUCCCUCCCUCACUAUACCCCAGGCCCCCUUUAUUGCCUCCCACACCGCUGCUCAAGACCCCAAUCAACCAUGCACAAGAUGCCAAGCUCCCCAGUCCGCUGGGCAACUCGGCUCUCCCGCUGAUUUCUUCCGUGAGCAACUCCAGCCACCCUGCCUCAGGGGAGGAGAGAUUCAACAGCAGCAACCUGGGGAACUCAUACCUGGAGAAGCUCAAGGCCAGGACCAGCGACGUGUCUGACGUGAGUGACUUCGAGGAUGUCAACACAACCACGGGAACCGAUCUGGACACCACCACCGGGACGGGGUCCGACUUGGAGAGUGAUGCAGAGAGCGACCGGGACAAGAUGAAGGAGAAGAGCAAGCAGGCCGAGAGCAAGCAAGAGUUCAGCGGCAACGCGGUGUCCACGAGUUCCGCCAAUAGCACGAGCGAUCUCCCUCUUUUCUACUCCCAGCAUUCCUUCUUCCCUCCCCCAGAGGAGCACCUGCUUCCCAUGGCAGGAGCGGCCAAUGACUCCAUAAAGGCUAUUGCCUCCAUUGCAGAGAAGUACUUUGGGCCGGGCUUCAUGGGGAUGCAGGAGAAGAAAAUGGGCUCUCUCCCUUAUCAUUCCAUGUUUCCAUUCCAGUUCCUCCCCAACUUCCCCCAUUCGCUGUAUCCUUUUACAGACCGGACCCUCAACCACAGCUUGCUGGUCAAGGCUGAACCAAAGUCGCCCAGGGACUUUCACAAAAUGGGAGGCACCAGCUCCGAGUCACCCUUUGACCUUACCACAAAACCAAAAGAAAUUAAGCCCAGCUUGCUGCCCCCCAAAGUCUUGCCAGCUCACCUUUCUGGAGAGGAACAGCCACUGGAUCUGAGCAUCGGCAACCGCAUCCGGGCCAGUCAGAAUGGGAGCCGGGACUCCCGGAAGAACCACGUGUAUGGUGAAAGGAAGCUCAUGGCCAGUGACAUCUUACCCAAGAUUUCUCAGGCUCAGAUGCCGCCACAGCCAUCGUUGCAUUAUGCUAAGCCAUCUCCUUUUUUCAUGGACCCCAUAUACAGCAGGGUGGAGAAGCGGAAGGUGGUGGACUCAGUGGGAGCGCUGAAGGAGAAGUACCUGAGACCUUCACCGCUGCUUUUUCAUCCCCAGAUGUCAGCAAUAGAAACAAUGACAGAGAAACUGGAGAGCUUUGCAGCCAUGAAGACGGACGCUGGCGCCUCCUUGCAACCCCUCCCACAUCAUCCCUUUAACUUCCGGUCACCACCUCCUACGCUAUCGGACCCCAUUUUGCGCAAGGGCAAAGAACGUUACACCUGCAGGUACUGUGGUAAAAUCUUCCCACGUUCAGCCAAUCUUACAAGACAUCUCCGGACACACACGGGAGAACAACCUUACAGGUGUAAAUAUUGUGACAGGUCAUUCAGUAUUUCAUCAAACCUCCAACGCCACGUUCGAAACAUCCACAACAAGGAGAAGCCAUUCAAAUGCCAUUUAUGUAAUCGGUGUUUUGGCCAGCAGACCAAUCUGGACCGGCAUCUGAAAAAGCACGAACACGAGAAUGUCCCAGUGAGUCAACACACUGGCCUUACCACCAACCACCUGGGGAACAACGCUUGCUCACCAACCUCAGAAUCAGACAACCAUGCACUGUUAGACGAGAAAGAAGAUUCCUAUUUCUCUGAAAUCCGGAACUUCAUUGCGAACAGCGAAAUGAACCAAUCGUCCGCUUUGGCAGAUAAAAGGCCUGAAAUCCAGAAUGCUGAUGGUAGCUCCCAGUGUCACGGCCUUGCAAAUGACAAAGUGGAAGAUGUGGAUGAGGAAGAGGAAGAACUGGAAGAAGAAGAUGACGACAGCCUAACAGGGAAGUCGCAGGACGAGACCGCAUCGCCCACGACAGAGCCACAAGGAGGAUAUGAGGAUGAGGAAGAUGAAGAGGCCACAUCCCUUACCAUGAAUUUUGACCGCACCCGAAGGUGUAUUGAGGAGGACGAAGCCGGCUUGUUAGAUUUGGAGCGGAUAUUGCAUUUUGGGAAGGGGCUGGAUCUACGCAAGGCGCCCGAGGAAGUUCUUGAAGUAAAAGAUGUGUAUAAUUCCACCUUAGACUCUGAGACAAUAAAGCAGAAUCUGUACAGGCAGGCUAAAAAUCAGGCUUAUGCAAUGAUGCUGUCACUUUCUGAGAAUGCUCCCCUUCAUCCUGCUUCCCAGAACUCUCUGGAUGCUUGGUUGAGCAUGGGAGGAGCGGCUCCCGAGCCAGGGGGCUUCAGCACCGUUGGCCAUCUCUGAGCGGAUCAAGGAGGCCCCUGGCCGGAAUCCCAGCGAGGAGGCCGAGGUGCCGUGCCUGGCCUCUCAGACCAGCUGGAAGUGGAAAACUGACAGAAAGCCCUUGGGACUGGCCAUUGCAGGAGAAACCUGUCACAGGCAGCUCUUUUCCGUUUUGUCAAACGUAGCAAGCCACCGCACUCAGCCGCCCCAGGACCAUGACAUCCCAGAUAGCGCGUAGUGCGUACCAGGAGUGCAAGUGCUUCUCGCACGGGAAAUACCAGGUGCAUUUGUUGUCCGAAAAUCAAAUACUGCCCCCCACUUAUGUUACAGACCACAUGGCUGAGACAGCAAGGACCUACCUGUAACCCGAACAAACGCUGAGAUCCUCUCACCCUCAUUUCCAGCUCCUCCAAGAAGACAAUGACUUUCUAGGCCAGGUCUAUUCCGAUGAAGUCACUGGAGAUUAGGACACGGUUGGCUUUCUCUUUCAUUCCUACCCCUUAAAAAAAAAAAAGAAAAAAAAAGCAGUGUCAAAUUCUGUACCCUCAGGUCCAGGGAUGGACAUCACGUAAACAUUUUCCACAAGGCCCUUGCUGGGGAACCACCUCUAAAUGCAUUGUACCCCUGUGGUUCAAGUCCAUGUCCUUUUUCUUUCAAGGCCUGUAUGGGUCACUUCAUGGCACCAAGGUCUUCAGCUCCGUUACUGCUUCGCAGCUGCUUACUCCGAGCUGGCAAGCCACCAAGAAGGAACUUCCUCUUGGCCCGCCCCACACCGUACUUACGAAGCAACACAACCUGUAGGUCUAAUAGGUGACCCAAAGAGGUCUAACCCGAGCAGAAUAGGAGAGAUUUCUCUGCCCUACAGAAUAAUAUGGUGGCCUUAAAUAUUCCUUAAUUAUAGCAUAAUGCAGAAAUGCUUCUGGAUGACAGAGAAAGAGAGAAAAGCAAACUUAUCUCCCCUGAUAAGUAGGUGCCAAAUUGGGAUGCAUGGAAACGUAGAAACAGAGCGAGUCAGAAGGGGCCUCCUAAGCCAUCUAGUCUGACCCCUGGCUCCAGCUGGCUUCGCUCAUGACAUGAUAAAAAGAAUCUCAUGGAAACUCCUUUCUCCCACCCACCCAUACAAUGUCACACUAAAAUCCCUUUUGCUUCUUUCGGAAUUUCUCAGAUGUUUAACCUGGGCAAGGAACCUCCAAAUCUAGCCUGAAAGCGAAUUGUUGGUGAAAUUUUGAUAGUGGCUUUAGCGUGGGUGUCUUUCUUUGUGGACUGGGAUGGCUUUACAGAAAUUAUUUUUAUUAUUAUUUAUUCAUAGCUCUGCCACUGAACGAUCUAAACCAGAGUUAGCUAGAACACCUAAGGAAAAAGCUCCAUGGUUUUAUUUCACUGCUGGCUGAUCCCGCGGCAGAAAACUACAGCCAAGGAGGUUUCUGCUCAGGGCCAGCAGCUCUUAAAUCACAGGGCAGCUCACAUCCAAUGUUAUGACAGGAGCAUUAUUCCUGUUUCCCCACUUCUGGAACUGAAGGGACCAUCUUUCCCAACAGAUUCCAAAAUCAACAUUUGGGCGCCAGUUCAAAAGCAGGGACACUUGUAUGCAAAUCAUGCCAAGUGUGCAUUCAAGGAUUCCGUGGCUUGUUUUGAAUUUUCAUUUGGGCUUUCCUAAAUAGGCAUCCCUGGCUCAGCACCCCACCACCCCCUCAGUGCUAUGGUUUUUAAAUCAUCUCAACAUCAAGUUCUGAGACAGGGAAAUAACACCACGGUCUCCAGCAAACACGGUCGCAGGCCCAUCCUUCAGUUCGUUUAGGUAAAUUCAGCAUUUGUCUGCAAAAUCCUUUAUUUUGGAAAAAAAUCUGUAGUAGUCUUGGGUAACCUGACUGGAGCUAAUGAUCCUUGAGUAGUUGCUUUCAUUCUGUGUAGUUACUUCUAGGAGAGACGCUAGCAAGAAUGCAGCCAAUGGCGUGUGGCUCGUACUAUAUCCCCCCCGAUACUGGUUGGUACACAGGAACUGGGAAGGUACUCGUACAUCACCCAUCAUCCAUUUCUUUUCUAUCACCCCACCUGGCUGCUCUUGCAAUAGUAUAGACACUUUCAAUGUGAUGGGGAAGAAAUCGGAGAUCUGUUGCUACUGGCUUGGAAUCCACCACAGAAUAAACUUAUUUCAGUUUAGACUACUCCAAGUAUGUCUUAGUCUGGAUCCAACACACAGUUUCCAUUAUGGCAGGAACCACCCUAAGAAAAAGCUGCUUCUGAUAUCUGUGUAUACAGCAGACUUUGCAUUGAGGAAGGGCAGAAUAUUCUUUUUCUUGCACAAAGUACUUCAAUGCAUGUUCUUGACAGAGACUGGAAAGUUUUCCUUCCUUCUGCUUCUCACAAGGGCCUCUUUGCACAACAGACUUAGAACAGGAUUAUCUCCCCCACCCCCUGCCCUGCCGCCAAGGAUCUUUAGGAUUGUAGUUUGGUCAAGAUUUUGUUUUUCUUCUUUCCAGGGCUUCCUCAGAGAGGGGAAAGGCUGCAAAUCCAUAUUAAAGUCAGAAGUAUAGCUACACCUGGAGGUAAAAAUAUACAGACCUGAAAGAAUGACCAGAAGUUGUUCCCAGGUCUCAAAACCAGUUGCACAUCUAAGCUCUUUGAGCCUUUCAACAUGAGUCAUUUCUUAUGCAUUCAUGAGUCUUUAUUCGCAGUAGUUGGCAGGUGCUUUGCACAACACAAUCAUCCUCUAGGCCUUUUCCCAUUCUUUGCAACCAUUUCCACAGCUUUUGUUUUGUUUUUUGAUUGAGGAAAGUCUGGUAUUAUGUGGAAAUGACAGCAUAAACCCCUCAUGUGUUUGCACAGUUCUGCUGUUCCACAGUGCCACCUAGUGGUUGUGUGAUGGAACCUGUGGAGAGGCAGAGAAAGAAAAACCUGGAAAAGCAUGUGUAAAGGAGCUGGUCUUAACCCCGUAAAGAAGCUGCACAUAGAAAAAAAUUCAUUCCCAAGCUUCAGGCACCAAAAGGUAUCUAUUUAUUUGACUUUUUAAAAAGUUAAACAAAUUAAUUUUUUUUAAGGUAGAGUUGUUGAUUUGAAAGAAGUCUUAUACCAGAAUUGGCAUAAGAAAGUUGGCUGCCCAAGGCAAAAUGGCAAAUGGCAUUCCCUUUCCAAGGCAGGUUAUCCGAAGCCAAGGCAAGGUGCCUUUCCUCCUUCUUGGUGAUAAAUACUGAUGUGAUGAUAAGCUAACACUCAGAUGCCCUUUCAUGGCACUUCAUUCUUCCCAAUGCUUGUCCAGCCAACCUUUUAAUACCUUGGAAAGCAGCACUACUAAAAAUUAGUAUUUCUGCACCUCUCUCCCAAGCCUUGGAAAUCCACCUGCUUCUGUAACUACUCAGGAUCUUGGAGGAAAAGAAAUCAAAAUAAGAGGUUCUAUACUCAGAUCCCAGCAAAUGCAUUUUAAUUGCUGCCCAUCACCACCAAGUUAGUUUCAGCUGCAGUUCUGAUCGUAGGUGAUGGAGACAGUUUAAUUGCUCAGGGCAGCCCAUGCGGGGAGAUCACCAAGUCCAAGCCCAAUAUUAAUAUUAAUAUUAACUACUCUUGAUCAGCUGCAGUGGUUCCUUUUCCAACAUGGAAGUGACUUUCUGCAUGCGAAGCUCCUUUGAUACAUCCCACCUGUUCUCCUGCCAGUGCACAAGCCUUUUCCGCUGUCUGUCUACGCCAGCAGGUGACUUUGACACCCCAGAAGCAUCUAGGAUGGGCCAUUUGCUGCAGAACAGUCUUGUCCAAGUUGGAAAAGUGUCCAGAAGGAGUCAAGCAAAGGAAGAUUCCCUGCCCAAGCCAUUGGGUGCAGAGAGGCACUUCACCCCAUGUGAGUGAAGUCUGCUGAAUAUUAUCCUCCCUACUAGGACAGCCUAUGAGGUGGGGUCCUCUUGCACCUGACUUCUCAGCACCAUGUCCAGCAAGGUUCUGGAGGACCUUCAGGCAAGGCACCCUUCUUAGCACCCUUCCCUCUGGGCAUGGGCCCCCCAUUGCCAGCAGUGGUCCUCAGUUCCUUUCUCAUCAUUGCUACCGCACCCUUCCCUGACAGGCUGUGGGACAGACGUAUGGGGAAGGGCAUCUCCUGCCAAACUGGUCUGGGGCAGAGCAAGAGUUAUGCAGAUGUGCCAUGAACUCUCUCUCCCUCUGGGCCUCCACAGCCCUGCUCAGCUCUUGCAAACUCAGGACCGUGGCUAUCUUUACGAACUUGAUCCAUCUCACAGGUGACCUUGCUCCUCUUCCGCUUUCCCUAGCUCGAUGAUCUUCUCUGGGGAGUCUUGCCUUCUCAAGAUGUGUCCAAAGUAGGAAAGCUCCAGUUUGGUUAUUUUUGCUUCUAGGGAAAAUUCUGGCUUGAUUUGAUCUAGGACUGUCGCAUGACAGUAAUUUCCUUUGACCUCACAGAAGCUUAUUUCUGAGUAGACAUGUAGAGAAUUGCACUAUUAAUUUAUGAAGCAGCCCUUAGGACUUAUUCCAGAAUCACUGCACAUAGGAUUUCAGCCUGCCGAUUGCUUGAGGAUUACAUCUGAGUUAGCAUGCAUGGAUUAAUCUGUUGGCAUUUUAAACCCCCACCAUAAAACCAGACACUCUACAGCCAUGGCUCAGGCUGAACAACUGGGCAGGCCCUGCUCUAGAAACAUCACCACCUGAUUCAAGUCAUCUCUGUAGGAAUUCUAUCAGCAGUGAAAUUCCUUCCAAAGCAAGCGAGAACAUGGCCUGUCAUUUCCUUCCCACCACCCCUGCAACAAAAAUCAGACCAAAACAAAGCAGAG